GCUCUCUCUCUCUUUCUCUCGGACUGUGACUGAUACUCACCUUCCAAGUUCCGAGGCUCUUACAGGGAGAUCAGGCGAGAAGGAACUAUUGUUCCUCUCCCUUCAAUUCCACUGUAACGUUGCCUUUCACUGUUUUCUGCCUGGUCAGUUUGUUUUGUGGUGAUUCAUUAAUGCGAAUCCGUACUUCUCACUCUUAAUUUCUAAAACACGAGGAGGAGAAAAGGAAGAGAGAUUGAGAAUCAUGUGAUCUACCUCUGUUUCCUUUCUUUAUCUAAAGCUAAAAACAGCUCACUGUUUGUUCUUCUCUUUCUGUCUAUAUAUAUUUUCUCCCCUGAGAAUAUCGUUUAUACAAUGGCGUCAAGCACUUCUAGGUUCAUCAAGUGUGUUACAGUCGGAGAUGGGGCUAUUGGGAAGACUUGCAUGCUUAUCUGUUACACAAGUAACAAAUUUCCCACUGACUAUAUACCCACUGUUUUUGAUAACUUCAGCGCCAAUGUUGUUGUUGAAGGAACCACUGUCAAUUUAGGCCUCUGGGAUACAGCAGGGCAAGAGGAUUACAACAGAUUGAGGCCCUUGAGCUAUAGGGGGGCGGACGUCUUUGUUUUAGCUUUCUCAUUAGUUAGUCGUGCGAGCUAUGAGAAUGUAUUGAAAAAGUGGAUCCCAGAACUACAGCAUUUCUCGCCCAGAGUACCUGUAGUACUUGCGGGUACUAAAUUGGAUCUCCGUGAAGAUAAGCACUAUUUGGCUGAUCAUCCUGGAUUGGUGCCUGUGACUACUGCCCAGGGGGAGGAACUUCGCAAACAGAUUGGUGCUGCUUAUUAUAUUGAAUGCAGUUCUAAAACUCAGCAGAAUGUUAAAGCAGUAUUUGAUGCUGCUAUCAAGGUAGUUAUCAAGCCACCACAGAAACUGAAGGAAAAGAAGAAAAAGCCUCGUAGUGGGUGUUCACUAUUGAAUGUACUUUGCGGAAGGAGUCUAGUGUGUUCCAAGCGAAGUUCGUCUUCUUGAUGAUGUUGUAGCACAUGUUCCACUACCUUACUGUGGCAUUUGGGAUUUCUUCAGCAUGUUUGGAUAAUGCUGCCAGAUUGCUCACUUAUUUUGUGCGGAUAGUGCUUCAGUUAGAAACGAGGCAGUUUGUUCCUGGGAACCUGUCACAAGCAUUGUGCCGACUUCAAAUUUCUAAACUUAAUGUUCUAAUUACAGAAAUCAUGGAUAUUUGACACUAAAAUGUGCUCUGUAAAAAGCUGAGUUAUCAUUUUGUUGUUAUUGAAAUGAAGUGUAUUGAGUUUCAAUGUAAUUUGCGAUGUAAUUAGCGUUUAGUAUAAGUAAUCAUCUGGUAUUCAUUCAUGA